UGUGAGCGAACCAGGAAGUGCCUAGGAGGGAGUCCUCUUGCUCCUUCCUUCCGGUCCGUAACAACGGCAGAGAAAAUAACAAAAUGAUGGAGGAGCAGGAAGACGUUGAAGUCCCCCAGGAUCUGGCUGAGUGCAACACCUGCAAAAGAUCAUUCAACCCUAAAGUGCUGGAGAAACAUGCUAAAAUCUGCCAAAAGUCAGCGGCCAAAAGAAGGAAGGUUUUUGACUCCAGUAGACAGAGAGCGGAAGGCACAGACAUCCCGGUACUCAAACCUAUCAAACCAAAGUCACAAAGUACUUCUGCUACUGGGAAAGCAGAGCCCCCCAAGAAGCCGUCCAACUGGCGUAGGAAGCAUGAGGACUUCAUUGCUACUAUUCGGGCCGCCAAGACGCUUACUCAGGUCAUGAAGGACGGGGGGCCAUUACCCCCACCUCCUCCUCCUACAUAUGACCCAGAUUCUAACCCUGCUGCCUGGUUCCUCUUUGUCAGGAAAGAUGUCGAUGAUGGGAACGAAGUUGACAACAGCGGACUCAAGAGCAAGUUCUGUCACGCUUGUGGGACCAAGUACCCUGUCGAAUCUGCCAAAUUCUGCUGCGAGUGUGGGAUCAGGAGGAUGUGUAUUUAAACAGAGGGAAGAAAAGACACACACCUGUACUCAAGAUGGUUUCGGAGAGUUUCAUGAGUUGCACAUCUGUCAGUUAGGCUGGAGAUAUACUUGCGGUUAAGACACACACUGUUAGCGAUGACAACCAGCUGCUUCGUUAACGUAGUUGUUCACGUACUGUUGUGCUGUUGCCAGAGGGCCCAUGAUGGAGAAAUCAGAUGUUAAUGUUAACAUGCGUACAGGUUGCUUUAAUUUCUGAGGACUUGCACAACCAACGCUCCAAAUGGACGCAGGAUCCACCAGGCAGCCAUCAUACACACACAUACACGUAGUUAACAGCAAGUGUUUCUCCGGCCUUAGGUUUUGUUUCAAAGUAGUGAGGUUGCGCUGGGUUUUCUUUCUUUCUUUAUUAAGAAGUAGGAUCAUUACUCGUACAGUACUGCUGAACAGUGCAAAUUCUGCCAUAAACAUUUUCAUAACUAAGCUGUUCAACUCUCUAGCUGAUAUUAGUGAAACAGGAACAACUCGCAGAGCUCAUUGCUCGUAAUGAGACAUUUUCUUACUGCUGGAUUCACCCACCAUGACGCCGCUGUUCCCACCAGUUUAUAAACUUAAUUGGUGUGAAACUGGAGAUGAUGGAAGGAUUAAUAAUUUGUAAUAACAAGGAAAAAAAAAUCCUCCAUGAUUGUUUUGGUCAUGGGAAGUUAUGUGAGUUAUUUGAAACUCCUAAUUUUAUUGUCACCUGGACAGUAAUUAGGAGGACCCUGUAGAGCUGAGUCAGGAUCAGCAGUUAAGCCAUGCAUCCUAAGAGAAAGUAGAGGAGAGAAGAGUGAGAGUGUAUCUACAAGCUGAGAGGUGGGUUGUAAUAUGUGAAAAAGAAGGCGGAGGGAAAAGUGCAGGACACAUCGUUAGAGGUGGGUGUGAUUGUAUCCCCGUAUCUGCAACCGUGAUUUGAAAAAAAUCCCCCAUCUGCCUCUGCUCCCUUACAAACACUAUGUUACUAUUGACGUGCAAUAUGAUUGACUACUGAGAAAAAUGGUUUGUUUCUCUAAAGGAAAAGUUCUUGGAAAAUUUGGGAUAUCGCAGUCCAAAAAAAAACCCCGUCAGCUUUACCAACACGUUCUAGACAAAUGUAGCAUUUCCCGCUCAUUUCAUACAAUGAAAUUAGCUAUUUAUUUUCACCAAAUGAAAAGUGGCAGCAUGUUUUGUUUAUCUUCUGCAGAAUUAAAAUGUGUUUUUUUUUGAA